AGUUUUGCAAACCAAAUCAACAAACAAGGUGGAUGAUAUUGUAUAAAAGGGGAGGUUGAUCUACCGGAUAGCAUCAGUUGCAAGGCAUCCAAACCUCCCUCAACAUGAAGAUCACUCCAGUACUCGUACUCCUCGGCGCCUUCCUAGGCUCCGUGAUGAUCUACCAGUCGGAAGCAGCCUCCACCCCCGCAACCACCUCUGCCUCAGCCACCACCACCACCACUGCUGCCACGGCCACCACCGCUACAACUUCUGCCUCAGCCACCACCACGACCUCAGCUUCGGCCACCACUGCAUCUUCCGCUGCAAAGACAAAAACUAUAACUCACUACAAGAGGAAAACUAAGCGGCCCAAGAAAGUUAAGAAAAUCAAGAGGAAAAGGGGUCAUAAGGUUCGCAAGCACCGCAAAGGUGACAGCAGUGAAAGCAGUUCUUGGUGGUAGAGAAUUCCAGAUCAACCGAAAACCAACGCCUAAUCCGAUAAUAACUCUAUGACU